AUGAUUUUAUUUCUAUUUGUCAGUAUUUUUCUUUCAAUUUCUAAAUCAUCAUUUAGUUCAUUUACUUUACCAGAAAAACUUAUAAGAUGUAAUCAGGCAAUCUCUAGUGAUCAAAUUAAUUCAAUAAAUAAUAAUUCUCAACAACUCUCACUUACACUAUGUGAUGUUUCAUUCAAUUUAUCACUUCGACAAAAUAAUCAUUAUUUAUCAAAGAAUUUUUCAAUUGAUUUAAUAAACGAUAAUUCCACUAGUCAAUAUUCAUCAUUAGCAUCAUCAUCAUCUCUCUCAUUAAUUGGUGACGUUAAUCAAGAUCCAUUAUCGUUGGUUUCUUUAAUAUUAACUUCUGAUCGACUAUUAUCAAUAUUUAUUUAUGUUAAUCAAACAUAUUAUUACUAUCAAACCUAUGGUGAUGAUAAUGAAACGUAUUAUUCACUAACAUUUUCUCUGAGAGACUUAAUUCAACAUUAUUCAAUACAAAUAAAUGAUUCAAUAUGGUCAACGUUGAAACAAGAAGAAAUAACAUAUCAAAAACGAACAUAUUCUAUUAGAGAUUUACAUUUUAUCUUUGAACUUCUAACAUCACGUUGUUCAUUGUCAACAUCAACAUCAACCAUCAACACUAAUUCAGCAUUUUAUUGUUCAUUAGCUUUGAUAUGUGACACAUAUCUGUUUCGUAACGUUUUUCAAUAUGAUUUAACAUUAACACAAGAAUAUCUUGCCUAUAUUAUUCAACAAUAUAAUUUUAUUUUGAGAACGUUGACAAAACAUGUCUAUGCAGGAUUUCUAAUUCAAAAAUUAGUUAUUUACAAUACAACGACGAUAAUUACGGCGAAUAAAUCAUCGAAUAAUAAUGAUUCAACAACAACAACAAAUUUCGAUAUGUUGCACACAUUAUCAGCAUCUGACUGGAAAAAAUAUUGCCUUGUUAGUCUUAUGACAUCGAGUCAUAAUCAGACGAUGUCGACAAUUAUUGGCUAUCCCGCUUCAAUACACACAUAUGAUGUUGGUGGCACAUGUUCAACUCCAUUUGAAUCAACCGAAAAUAAUAUUACCAAGAAAAUAAAUUUAAAUACGGGUAUUACAUUUAUUAGUAAACAUUUAUUAAGUAGCAAAAAUUCAACAAUUCUAUUUGAUUUAUUUAUAAAAACAAGUUAUUUAUACUUAAGACAAAUGGGACUAAAUUUAACAUUGUGUAGUGUCAAUGAAACAAAACGUCGAUUUUUUAUCAAUAAAGAUGUAGCACCUAUUAUUGAAAAAUGUUCCGAUUUAUUAUCAUCAACUCUAAAACAAUCGUUAAAACGUCGUUCACAUUUAUGUUUUACUCAAGUUGAUGAUGAAUUAUUUACACAGAUAUCGAAGAAACAAGCUUAUCAUCAAACAUGUGAAGAAACUAUCGAUCAACAGACUAUUGUACAUGGUAAAAAAACAAAUCGAAAACAGCCGUAUGUUGAAAAUGCGUUAAAUAGUGAUUAUCGUGCAUCAUUUUUUGAACAAAAUAUUGUUGGACUUGCUGUAAGUUUAUCUCUCUGUUUAUGGAUACCCGUAUCGUGUUUUGUACACUUUUGUAUUGAUGAAAAAAAUAAAAAAAUGCAUAUGUCAUCGCACAAUGUUACAAUGAAUAACACGAAUGGAUUACCUUCGUCAUUACCGUCAACAAAAAAAUCAACAAAACAUCGAACAAUUGUUUUCUCUGAGUUACAACCAUGUUUAAAUUCUAAUUCUCAAUGUGUGUCCGUACAAACACAAACCGAGUGA